AGGGCCCAGCUUUCCUGGUUGGGUCUGUAACAUCUGCAGAGAAUUGUGGAAGGGGAUUUCCUUUUCUGCCCACGGUUAGAGUUGCGAGUGACCAUGACCAAGCUGGAGCAGUGGAUGUCCACGCUGCUGGUGCUGAUGCUCAUCUGGCUGUGUCUGGUGCAGGAUCUGCUCAACCUGGGAUAUAGUAAAAAAUUCCACGAUGUGAUAUUACCCUUACCCGUCUACCUCCUGGUCACCGCGGGCAGCUACGCUCUAGGCACCCUGGGUUUGCGCUUGGCCAACUUCAAUGACUGUGAGGAAGCUGCCCAAGAACUGUUCAUGCAGAUUCAGGAAGCCCAGGCUGAUCUGGCCAGCAAGGGCCUCAUUCUGUGAUCCUCUUAGGCCCCGAAGCUUCCAGAUCCUCAGCUGCCUCCCAAGCACCCAGCCCCAGGCCACCCCUAGGGCCCCUCUUCAGCUAAAUUAAAAGAGUAAAUGCUCCUUUUCUUA